ACCCACCCACCCACUCAGCCAAAGUUUGCUUGCCCUACCUCAUCUUAGACGCCUUUCAUCGUCCAAUGUUAUCCCUGAACGAUCGAUGGCACCCACCCGCAGCCAAAGUUUGCCCUACCUCAACGCAGGAACCGAUGUUAUUCCCUGAACGAUCGAAAUGUGUAGGAUGCCGACAACGAGCUAAUGGAGGUGGGCUGAUAGCGUUAGAAAUUAGCUCCAUGAUGUUUGGAUCUGGAGGGAUUACUGCUGUUCAUAGCGAUAAUGCAGUUAUGUGGUCUCGGUCGGGUUUGGUUCAUGACAAAGUCAAAGCAAAGCUUGGGGUGAGCAAGAGUCGGGGCGGUCCACGACCCGACACCCUUAAUACAAACAAUGUACAGACAGCUUUCCAUGGGACUCAUCCUCAUAUGGUCGGCUUCGGGUUUGACCCAACAUUUGCCAAGCCUCCCUAGUCACACAACAGGUGAAAGUCAUUCACUAAUGUUGACUGAGGAAAGCACAGAAGUUAUUAAGAGAAGAUCUUAUUCGAUGUCCGCUGACACAUUUGGCAUUGAAAGCAAUGCAGUUAAUGAAAGAGUUCCAGAUCAUCCAGAGUUGCUAGAAGUCUGGUGGGCCGGGUGGGGUAACUACUGUUUACCAAUCUUCUUGAGAUGCUCGUGUUGGAUGGCAUCAGCAAUCAGAUUGAUGGCCCAAUCGAGCAGGGCGGUUUCCUUUGGCGACUGAAGACGGCAAAGGACAAUGCGGCCAUCCUCUGGUUGACACUGCAUUACUUGCUAGGUGAAAGCGAAUCCAAGAUCCCACUUAGCAGUUGGCCGUUCUCUAAACCAUGGCUAUAUUAUCAUCAACUUAAUCAUAAAAUUAAAAAACUAAAUGAAAUAUUAAUACAACAAUCAUCAUACACCUUGAUAAGACCAGCCAAACAGUGUACAUCAAUACUAUCUGGAACCACUCCACUGUUCAACUGGUUUCUCGGAUGUUCUUCCUGGUUAUUGUCUGCAUUAAUUGUAAAAAAACCUUCAGCCUGCACACAGUUAAAAGGUCAACAACCCAUUCAUCAAUUAUUGUUUUAACGCGAAAAAAAAGCAGAAUGAAGAAAGAUAUAUGACUUCAGCAAAUACAACCCUACAUACAUGACAUGGACGUAGUAUGAGAAAAUCUUCACCCCAAAAAAAGAGACUUCAGCAAACAUGAUAUAUAAAUGUCUUUUGCUUUAUCUGUUCUUAAGUGUUCUAAACUCAUGAAUGAUUUUACUUUUAAAAUCACAAACAUGAUAUAAACCUUUAAACA